GUUGUUUCUAUUUUAGGCCACUCCCACUCAGUCAAAGACUCGGAAAUACCUGAUCCUAACCUCUGCAGUGACUCCAUCAAGUGGUCUCAACAAACGGAACUCCUUGGCAGGUAGUCUAGGCAUUAUGCGGUCUGAAAGGCAAUGCAUUUAUCUAACCUGGUCCGAUGGCUCCACAAGUCAUCUGGUAUUGUAAACAAGCGCUUCUUGUUCAGCUGGUCAAUCGAAGCACCUAUUGGCGCCUCAAGCUUUAUGGCACCUAGAGUCCCAGACUUUAUAUCGUGGCAUCUACGCAUACUUGACGCCUUUCUUCCCUUUCCGCUGGUCUGUAGGCACCCACAGCAAUCUACUAUUUUUUUUCCUCUCGGGUUUCAACAGGUUUCUUGGGAUGCGUCACGGUUCACGACCCAAUUUGCGCAGCCGGAGCGGUUCACCUUCACAGCAACUUGGGUGACGUCCAUUCGUAUUCUGCCGAUGUAUGUUUUCCCAGGUGUCUGCUCCGGUGGGGAUAUUGUAUUGUUACAAUGGAUGGUCCCGAAAACCGACAGGAACGGUGACGCACCCGUGUGUUGCGCUCAGGAAAAGUCACCCCCCACAUCCUCCAACUGCGGGGCUAUUCAUUAUGCUGUUGACCGUUUAUACAGCAUUGCCAAGGUCAUUUGGGUCCACAUAAAAGACCUUGAUCAUGAAUUAUUACAUCCCGUCAUCAGCAUCCUAUCACGACGCUAUCACUACCGAGCCCAGCGACAUGAGUACUGUCCUCUAUCUUGCUCGUAUUUCCGACGUUAAGGACGAUGACGGUCACCAUCUCAGUCACUCGGUCUUGAUUGCCAUAAUCGUCGUUUUCCUACUAUUUGUUUUGUUGAUAUUGGGAUUCACUCUCGUGUGGUGCUCUCGCUCUCAAGGACAUGACAACCGCCAUCAGUGCGACGACUACGGAUUUUG